GUAGCUCCGUCCCACAAAGUCGACCCCGAAAAGACUGCGAGAUACGCUAUUGCAGCAUCCAAAGGCUUCAGUUACUAUCUACCCAAGUCAGCACAACGACAUUGCCAAGAGCUCCUCAAGCAGUUCCCGUCCGCAGCACGCUCCGUUUACGAUGAGUAUCAUCGUAAUCUCAUGUGUGUGUAGGCUUGUGCAACAGAGUCCUCAGUGGCCAUGGCGAAGUUCGUGACGCAGAGCUUUCCGAAGAUUGCAAGGAAGCACAAUGCCUUUUCCGACGAGAUGAAUGAGGAGACUGAUAGCAAUGAACAUGAAGGACACACGCCAGUCAUGUUUCCGAUUGUGCCCAAGCCGGAAGUCCAGCUUGAGGAAGACGCCGCAACAGAUAGCAAGACCAAAAAGCGCAAGCGCGCUCCUGCCGAGACUACAGCGUUGCCUUUCCGGGAAGCUAUGCCUAGCACGAAGGCAAAGUCCAAGCCGGAUACACAGCUGGCCACAACUCCUACUUCGACAACUACGACACCACCUCCUUCUUUGCCUACUCAAAGCCCAAAUCCGGGCUUGCAUCCCUUUGCUCAACCUCAAUCUACCCGCACCGAAACCUUGUUCAGCAGUACACAAGAACCUUCAGCAGACGAUACGCCGCCUGUCACACCAGAGUCGAACAACGCCGUCGAUGCUGAACAAGGUCCGUUCUUGGAUCACAAACGCUUUGAUUGGAAUUUGCGGCAUAGCUCCCCGCUGUCUGGUUCACCGUCCAGCCUGGAGGGUGUUGGUAACGAGAGAGAGAUCGUUGAAGAGCCACCCAUACAUUCCAAGGACGAUCGUGAUCAUCAAUUGCCAGAGGAUGAUACUCCUCGUCAACCCAUGUCUGCGGAAGAUGAGGACAAUGAGCACAACCCGAUACCACCGCCUGCCACUCCGUCAUUGGAGAAUCCGGAUAGCAAAAUGUCCGAUGUUAUCGACACGGCUAUGAAAGAGCCAGAAGCACCAAUAGAAGAAGACAAUCAAGACCAGUCAUCAGCUGAGUUCGACUCUGUUCUACUAUCAGAAGAUGAAUGUUGGGAGAACGGGAUACAGGUCAUCGAAGGUUUUCGUUGGAACCGUUCAGGAUCACGCUGGGAGCCAGGCCGAGGUUUGGUGAGCAUUCACUAUGAUAGUAUUGAGAAGUCUGCUAGACUGUUCAGAGGCUACUACUGGAACGAUGGGAAUGGAACUACAUUGGAAGGUUUCAGGGUUGAUCCUGAGCCUGACGAGUUCAUGAAACAUAUGUCCUAGAUUAAGGUGCUAUGGUGUAUUGACAGAUCAGAUAGAUCGCCUACUAGAGGUACUUUCCAUGUGCAUCAGUGAAUCCGCCCAGGCAGUCACGAGUUUUUUGAGACGAUUUGGCUUACAAUUUGCUCGUGCUGAAGGGGCUCAG